GAGGCUUGGAUCACUGUGUGGAAACCAUAUGUUGAACAGUAUAAUGAACUAAGUACGGGCCAGAUGUGGAUUUCUAGCAAAGGUUCUAAUCAGCAGGGAGUUAAUGUGAUGGAAGCGGGUUGGCAGGUAAAUCCAAUAUUGUACGGCGAUGGAAACCCGAGACUCUUUGUUUAUUGGACUGGUGACGGGUACGAGAAAACAGGCUGCUACGACCUCAAAUGUCAGGGCUUUGUCCAAAUCAGCAGCAAGACCGCCGUUGGUGCGGCCUUCAACCGCUAUUCAACAAUUAGUGGUCCGGAAUAUAAAUGCAUCUUUCUUAUAAGGAAGGAUCCCAUAAGCGGAAAUUGGUGGCUCCUAACCAAUAAUCGCCAAGUCGGUUAUUGGCCGAAUUCUCUCUUUCCAUUUCUAAAGGACUUGGCAUCAAAAGCGGUAUGGGGAGGAGAGAUCAAUAAUCUAAGGAAGAAUGGGCGACACACUUCCACUUGCAUGGGAAGUGGCCGCUUCGCGGAGGAUGGUCGUGGGAAGGCGGCUUUAAUAAGCCGCAUUACCGUACUCCAGCGGAACCUGAAGAAGGAGCCCGAAAAAGGCUUUCCCUUCGUCACUGACAAGGGAUGUUACAAUUUACAUUAUAACCGUCUUGACCCUAAGUUGGGAUCACACCUCUUCUUCGGUGGAAUUGGUCAAAACUCUAAUUGCCUUUGA